GUCCCUUAGCGCGAGGGGUCUAACGGACGGCGCCCAUCCACCGGCGCCAGGGGUCUAACGGUCGGCGCGCGUCCACCGGCGCCAGGGGUCUAACGGUCGGCGCGCGUCCACCGGCGCCAGGGGUCUAACGGUCGGCGCGCGUCCACCGGCGCCAGGGGUCUAACGGUCGGCGCGCGUCCACCGGCGCCAGGGGUCUAACGGACGGCGGAUUGUUCGGUGCGAACGGGUUAACGGACGGCGCACCCGUUGGUUGCCGGGCACACGGAGGAGAUCGGUGGGCUUCAGGCAUGGCGCACGCACAAGACCUGGCCGUGGUACACCCGCAGAUAACAGAAGCAAUAGAGUGUACCCAUGAAGAUCUCAUAAAGUUGCUUGAAGAUACACGCAGUGAAUUGGAAGAAAAGUUAAAUGAAUUGGAGAUGUUAUCAGUGCAAGCAACUUGUAUGAUCCAUGAAAUGGUUACGAUCCGUACAGACCCCUCUGUUGUAGAAUCAAUGAUGCGAUUGAAUGAUGUGUAUCUGAGCUGCAAAGAGUCGGUAGAAAAGGACUACAAAGAAUUUUUAAGCAAGCCAUAA